GCCAUCUGUGUCUCUCUCAUUACACAGGCAUUCUUUAAGAUCUGGGAUCGCCGCAGGAUUUUCAACGAGGAGCUAGCAGCCGUUAGGAUGCAUCUCCAGAAAACGCAUGUCGAGGAUACCAUUCAGUUGAAGGUGAAGGCGUACCUGAGGUACAUCUUCGACCGACGCCGAAUUCACGCGAAGGAAGCUGCUCUCAUGAACUACUUGCCAGAUCCUCUGAAGAGCCAGAUACGACGAUCACAGGUGCGCAUGUACUUGGAGAGGAUACCCCUGAUGCGUGAGCUGGAAAGGGACAGCAUAGAGAAGAUCUGCGAUGCCGCGGAAACCUUUGACCUGAUGCAAGGAGAUGCCGUCAGCACUGCAGGCAAUGUGGCGGACGCCGCUUGGGUGCUGGUUUCAGGUCGCCUUCGCAUCACAAAGCGCCUUGUGGGCCCGACGGAAAGUUUGCAUACGAACAUGAGCGUGGUCUCACCGCUUAUUGUUGACGAGCAUUGCCUGGAGGAGGAAGGACCGGUCCUCUCGAGGUGCACAACAUUGGCGGCGGAAAGCUCAGAGCUCAUCCGAGUUGGCAAAGAACAUUUCUUCGAGUCGAUUUCCGUCAAUCGGAGGAGGAGUCUCAAUCUCCGUGGCACAGCUCUGUACCACGUGAACCACCGUCAGUCAGCUGCAAGCGCCGAGCCCGUUUCGCCCUCCGGUGGAAGGGCCGGACGACGUGGGUCGAUCAUGACUGUCUCGCAUGCCGUUCAAGCAGCUGCGGUGAUUUCUUCCUCCUGA